GAGCAAAAACCAAGCCAUGAGAUUGAAGGAAUUGUCAGUAGUGCGCAGAGACAGGAUUGUGUCGAGUCACAGAUCUGGGGAAGGGUACUAAACUAUUUCUGCAGCAGUGUGUUGCCCAAGAACACAGUGGCCUCCACCAUUCAUAAGUGGAAGACGUUUGGAACCACCAAGACUCUUCCUAGAGCUGAAUGCCCGGCCAAACUGAGCAAUCGGGGGAGAAGGGUCUUGGUCAAGGAGGUAACCUGGUCACUCUGAGCUCCGGAGUUCCUCUGUGGAGAUGGGAGAACCUUCCAGAAGGACAACCAACUCUGCAGCACACCACCAAUCAUGCCUUUAUGGUAAAGAGGCCAGACGGAAGCCACUCCUCAGCCCGCUUGGAGAUUGUCAAAAGGCACCUGAAGAACUCAGACCAUGAGAAACAAGAUUAUCUGGUCUGAUGAAACCAAGUCAGGUCUAUUUAGCCUGAAUUCCAAGCGUCACUUCUGGAGGAAACCUGGCACCAUCUCUACGGUGAAGCAUGGUGUUGGAAGCAUCAUCCCCUUGGGUUGUUUUUCAGUGGCUGGCACUAGAAGACAAGUCAGGAUCAAGGGAAAGCUGGGAGAUCAUUGAUGCGGGCCAGGACAGCAGAUCUGGAGCUGGGCUACAGGUCACAGACUCCUGGACUAGCUUCAAGCUCUUUCUGCAGGAGACCUCCUCCUUCAAGCAGCAGAAUCCAGGCAAGUUUUGCUUGCUGGUCUGCAGUUUGUGCACCUUUUUGGCUGUCUUAGGCCGCUACAUUCCAGGUGUUCUCAUCUUAUAUGUUUUAGUGCUGGGCGUCUUCCUGUGGCCACUGAUGACAGCGCAUGACUUUGGGUUGUGGAUGAAGCCAGUUCUGCAGAAGCUGGACUUCGGACUGGAAAGAUUCCUUCAGAAAAUCAGAGAGAAUCAUGAAAAGAGACUCCUUCUGGCACAAGCUGACCGGGAGAGUAUUGAAGCCGAUCUGUCCUCCCUUUUCCCCAAGUUGGACUCCACAGUUUGUAAGGAGAUGUCGAUAUCGGAUACAGAGGCCUCUGAUGUGACGUGGACAGACAACGGAACAUUUAACCUGUCUGAGGGACAUACGCCCCAGACUGAGAACUCAGAUGACCUAGACAGAGAAGAACUAUUCAUAGGGGGCCUCCCGGAAUUCCCCUCCUUGGACAACGGCACCAAUGGGGAGGACGAUGACGACCUGAGCAUCGGCCUACCCACCCCCCCUCCCCAACCCCAGCACAGCAGAGCCAAGGGGGGGUCCGUGCCCCUGCUCCAGGGGGACCCUUCCACCCAGGCCAUGGAGUUUGUCCACAAGAUGGCAGGCAAUGUCAUUGCAGCCGCCGCCACCGCUGUCAUUCAGGAGAGGCUGGAGGCUGCCAUCGGUAGCACCAUACCCACAGACCCCCACCCCAGGUCCCUGCUGUUCCCCAACCCCACGACACUGCUGCCCCUGGACCUGGCAGAGGAGUCGUCAUCGGACAGCGAUGUGGAGGAAUUUGAGCUGCUGGACCAGUCCGAGCUGGAGCAGCUGGAAGGGGAGCUGGGCCUUGGGGCGAGCGCAGCAGUGGCGGCCAAAGAGCCCAAAAAAUCAUUGUCUUCUUCCAGUGGCUUCUUUUCAAAACUCCUGGGCCGCCAUUGAUUAGAGCAGGGGUGUCAGGAGGAUGUGGUGCAGGUCUAGUAGGGGGGUAGAGGGCACGUGGAGACAGAGAGAGGCCUUGUUUUGGAGGUGGUGGGUGGGGAGGUUAGGGGUGCAGAGACUGGGGGUUUGGCGAAACAAUAUGGUGUUGCAUUCUUUUUCCAGUUGUCCUAAUAAUGAAUACUCCUGCAUUACAUGAUCGAUAUGUUCGAGAGCGAGAGGAAGGGGGUGUUCAGCAAGUAUGAUGCUGUAUGGAGAUUGGAGAUGUGGAGUUGUCAGGGGGCUGUGUUGGUGUGGUGAGAUAGUGACUUUUAUUUAAUGAUUUUCACAUCUUCAACCUGUAGUAAAGUUAUGGGUAGGAAUGGAAUGGAAUGUGGUGGUGUUUCUGAUUUGCUGCCAAAAGGACUAAAUUUGUGUUUUGUUGGUUAAUUUCUUCAACCGAUGAUCAGGUCUAUAUAAUUAUCAAACAUACAUUAGUAAUGGAAAGGAAACACACUCUUUGUUUAAGUAUUAAAAUACUCAUUUUAGUAAUACAAUUGUAGGCAGAAGUUGAUGGAGAGUACAGUAUAUGAUAGUUCUCCCCAAGUUCUGCAAAGUGUCUAAGAUAUCCUGUAACUCAUAGCCUCCCCAAUCCCCCUUACAUAACUUUCCCCAGCAACAACAUUUUAAUAAAUCUAACCUCCCCUCUGACAGCAGGAACCAUCUUAUCAGCAAGUAAAAUCUCAGAAGUGGGUUUGACCAAAACUUGACCUUUCAUCACAAGUAUAGAGUCAUAACAAUGUGAACGAGUGUAAGCAUCUUCUGACAAGGGACUGGUUUCAUCAGGUCUGUGGCAGCCUUGUGUUCUCAGAAAACCAGAUAACCACGGUGGGAUCCAGAUAGGAGUCUGAACGUAGACGCCUUCUGAUAGUGUCUGAAGGGAUCAACACUCAAAACAGGUGUUAAAACACACACAGAGGUCUCCUGAGGAGACCUUACAAUUUAUCAUAACAUAAUUUAAUGAAACCCUAUUAAAGGUAUGAGGCCUUGGUUUAACCUUCUUUAGUUUCAAGAUUCAUACACUGCCCGAUUGGGCCCAUUCAACUCCAUCACCCAUUAAUCUACAGUACAGCUUAAUUCGACCAGACCUACGACAACAAUGACAAUCAUCUGUGCUAACAAUGGAACCAAUUGUUCAAACCCAUACUGUUUGUGCAUAUUGGUUCUUACUGAAGCACAAGUAAAGUAACAAAUCCUGUAGUUAACUGGAACAUGCGAUGGGAUGACAGAUAAUAGUAAAUUUAUAUUUUGUAUAAUUUUUUUUCUUUUUUCUAAUUUUGUAUAUUGUUCAUGAAGCCAUAAUGUGGGUGAGGGAGGGACUUCACAUUUUACGACAUGCAAUAGGUCUCACGAUAUUAUGCAUGAUAAUCUUUUGACCUUUAACGGAUGUUCAGUAACACUUUUCUAAAAGAGAUAUUCCUCUCAAAUCUAACAUACAACCUUAUAUAUUGAGUGGAACAUCCUGUUAAAGUUCAUUGUCUGGGAUGCUGACAUAUGGCUGACACAAGAAUGUUGUAAUUUCUCUUUGAAAAUUGUGUGACAAACCAUUUAUAAGUUCAUUGGGCACUGACUUUUUUUCCUGUCAAUGUUUCCUUGUCUGGUGACUUUGUCAGGAUAAAGUAAUUGAACUGAAAUAGCACUUGAUUCAUUCUGCUUGUGAAUGUUUCAUCAGUUGUCACAAACUAGUGUUAUGUCAGUGUUGUGACAGAAUCCAUGUCAGUCAGGUAGCAGUAUUAUAAAGCUGUUAUAGCUCUCUACACUUCAAGCAAAGUGUUGCUCCACAUUUUAUUUGUACUUGUACCUUAUUAUUUGACAAUGCAACUAGGCACUUUGGACAUAAUCACUUAGUAGUGACAGUUUUAAACUUCAUGCAAAAAGAAUGUAAGCAACCUGCAAGUUGCCAUUGUUACUGUGUAAUUUGUUUGAAGUUAAUGUUCGCCUUCUUGAGUAAAGUUGAAGGGCUAACUGAGCUCAAUAUGUCAUAAGGAAUUGACCAGGCCCACAAAUUGUGGAAAACAAACAUUAUUUCCUAUUGACCCCCAUUGUAAAAGAGCUAACUUCGUCAUAGAUUUUUUUGUUGUGCCGAAAAGCUGUAACCAGGUCAAAAAUCCCGACCUACGGUUCGCAAUGCUCCCAUGUAGGAAAAUAGAGCCUGGGACAAGAGCCCUUUGGCUUCAGGCUAUUCGGCAUCGGAGAGUGGGAAAUUGUGGGGACCCGGUGUCAAAGUAGUCUACACGUAGCUAUGUGUGUGGAAAACAUUUAAUGACAGAUAAAGACAUUUAACUUGAUUAGUAUUGUAACGGUUUUCCUUAGGUGAAAGAGAGUCAGACCAAAAUGCGGCGUGGCUAUUGCGAUCCAUGUUUAAUGAGACAGUAAACACGAUCAAAUACAAAAUCAAAUAAACGUAACACAAAAACCGAAACAGCCUAAUACUGGUGCAAAGUAACACAGCGACAAUCACCCACAAAACCCAACACCAAACAGGCUACCUAAAUAUGGUUCCCAAUCAGAGACAAUGACGAACACCUGCCUCUGAUUGAGAACCAUAUCAGGCCAUACAUAGAACUAGACAAACUAGACAUGUAACAUAGAAUGCCCACUCAGCUCACACCCUGACCAACCAAAUCAUAGAAACAUACAAAGCAAACUAUGGUCAGGGUGUGACAAGUAUAGUCUGUUUGUAUCUACUUGUAGCUGUAUAGUCCAUUUGUUUGCAUUUUUGGUAUUGGCUAGCUUAAUGUUUCGGUCGUAGCUAGCUAGCACUCACUCUCACGUGGCUGCUAGCACCAUAAUGAAAAGGGGCAUGAAGGAAUUCGUAUAAUAUGCUCUUCUAAGUAGUGAGAAUGCUCGGGAGCAGGCAAUGUUAAAAAUAAAUCUUUAGACGUACUUUCUUAAAUGUAGUUUUGUAAUCGACUAAAACAAGCAGACAACAAGAGAAAGGUCAAGUUGUUGCUGUGAGCCAAUGGGGUAACCUAGGUAACCACAGGUUUUUUUUGCCAACAGGCAGGCAGGGCCUGCUGUGUUCUAUCUAAUACCGACUGGGACUAUCCAAACAAAAUAAUAAAAGUUAUCAGACCAGGCUUGUGUUUCCGAUGAUUGACAAGGGUAGGAGGUACAUCCUGGGGGGAAAUAUAUUUCAUAUUGCGCAACACUUAAUUGAUUAUUGAAUAUGCCAAUAAUAAACCCCUGUGCUAAAAACAAGAUUGACAACGUGUAAUAACCAUUAAUUCUUGAUUCUCCAUCAUUAUAGCCUGCCUUUUUCUAAAUAUAUGCUAUGACUGUCAAGACAAAUAUAUGCAUUUUACACCACGGAAUUUGAACAUAUAGCAUAUAAUCAGGAGUUUAAACAAGCCAUUUAUUGAUUAACAAUAGCCAUGAGUUAUUAUGCAUUCU